UUCCACAGGGAGCGAUGGCGGCGGUGGUUUCAGUUAGAGCUGCCAGAGACGACGAGUCCUGUGUUGGUGCCCGUCCAUUCCACGAACACUGUGAGCAAAUUAAAUCGCAGAACUGCAUUGCCGAAGAGUACAAAGAUCCCGAGGUAGAGCACCAUGAUGAAGGUUCGUCCAGGGGGAACGAUCAAUCUCGACGGGUUGACGAUGAAUUGACACCCCUCAGUCCCGAAGAAAUUGCCAGUCGUUUGGAACGAACUCGACGAGAGUUUUACAAUCGCCGCAAAAUCAUUAUUAAGAACCUUCCCGUCGAUGUUACUAAUCAGGAAGUGCACGAGUUGUUGAGCAGCUAUGAUCUGAAGUACUGCUUUGUUGACAAAUACAAAGGAACAGCCUUUGUCACGUUGCUGAAUGGCGACCAGGCCCAGCGGGUCAUCGGCCAGUUCCACGGGCACAUCCUGCGUGGCCGUGACCUCUUUGUGCAGCUGCAGCCGACGGACGCACUGCUGUGCGUGGCCAAUCUGCCCGGCGCCUUCACGCAGCAGCAGUUUGAGGAGCUGGUGCGCCCCUUCGGCAACCUUGAGCGAUGUUUCCUGAUUCAUAGUACCACCACGGGCCACUCUAAGGGUUAUGGCUUUGUGGAGUUCAUGAAGAAGGACUCUGCGGCACGUGCCAAGUCAGAGCUCCUGGGCAAGCGUCUGGGAUCAAGAACGCUCUAUGUUCACUGGACUGAGGUGGGCUCACUCACCUUCCCCAUGCUGCAUUCUCGCUGCCUGUGCAUGGACCGCCUCCCACCGGGCAUACUCCACGUCCAGGACCUCCGCCAUGCCCUGCCUGAUACACCUGUCCCUGUCUUCUGUCAGCUUGCUCAGGGACAGGAUAGUAGCUUCCGGCAGUUUGCUGUGCUGGAGUACCCCACACCAGAGAUGGCCGAGGAGGUGCAGCGGGUUACUGAUGGGAAGGUUGUUGGUGGCACCCACAUUCGAGUGUCAUUCUGUGCCCCAGGACCACCAGGCAGGAGCAUGCUGGCAGCUCUCAUUGCUGCACAGACUAUGGCUUUGAACAGGGGAAAGGGUCUCCUCCCUGAACCCAGUGCCCUGCAGAUCCUGUCUGGCCUAAGUAACCCAGCCACUUUGAAGAUGUUGCUGGCGUCACUCAACCAUGGACACAAACAAGGUUUGCUUGGAGCAGCCCCAGCAAUGCCACUUCUGGCUAAUCCUGCCCUCUCUGCAGCUCUGGUGCAAUUGUUGCUUCAGAACCAAGUCCAGCAGGCUGGACUGUUGGGCGAGAACCCCCUGGCCAGUCUUCCCCUACAGCCGGGCAUUGGCAUGUUGGCUGAUCUACCUCACGCCACAACAAAUGUGCUGGCCCAAGGUGCCGUGGCCUCAGGUCUUGCUCUGCCAUCAGAGCCGUUGGGCCUAAUGAAGCCACCUCCUCUGGGCCGGCCACUAGCGCGGGAGCCACAGUCCCCAGCCAGGCCUGUAGGCUACCCCCAGAACCCCUCCCCUGCACCCCAGGCGAUGAGCAUGCCUCUCCUGGGCAGUGUGCUCAGCCCAGAUGGGCCCACUCUGCCAGCGGUGUCCAUAUUGGGAGAUCCAUCCAAUGACAUCGGAGUGUCCCAGAACCCUUUUCUGAACGCACCCAGUAUAUUCCCGUCCUCAGCAGCCAACUCUAGGGCUCACCCAUACAGGAAGAGGCCAACUACACUGGCUGGCACAUCUAACUUGCGCCCAAGCCAGAAUGUCCACUCCAUCUACGGUCUGCGCCGCCAGGAUUCCUAUGAGUUCCCAUCACUGCGCCAGGACUCACACUCUCACCUGUAUGAGCAGCAGGAGUCUAUAGGCUGGGAGCCCCACGCCAUCAAGAGAGUACAGCAUGCUGGACUCUCGGGCUUCGUGGAUCGAGCGCCUCCUUUCCCCUCCCCCCCUAGUCCUCCUGGCUCCUCCUACUUAAGCUUCGGUGCACCCGGAAGCCUGCCGCUGACACGGCUGAACAAGGCUGUGGGAACACCUCCUGGGACUCGCACCAGUCUCUUCUCUGCUGCCCCUGGCACUGGGCGCAAGACUCCUGUGGGUGGGCAGAAGCGUCUUUUCUCUCGUCUGAUCCCAUCUCCGGAGCCCAGUCCUGAGGGCGGCUACGUGGGUCAGCAUUCUCAGGGCCUCGGGGGACACUAUGCCGACUCCUACCUGAAGCGCAAGCGCAUCUUUUAACUGCCACAUGGUGGCGCUUUUGCAAAAUCUCUCUGCCAUUCUGCAGAAAGAGGCCAGGGCUGGGCAUCUAGCAGUGGGGACAGUAACUUGCUGACCUGGCUGGGAGGUCAGCAGGGUCACCCCAGGGUGGGAGGGCAGUCCUGGAGCUCAGCCUACCUUACAAAAGCCAGCCAUUGGAAGUUUUGCUUGUGCAUAUGACUUCAGUUUAUAUGUAAAUUAUUUCUCCCUUUUUAAUUGUACUUUUUCCUUUUAAUUUGCAUUUUAUUUAUUUUAGUUUAUUUUCUCUCUUUCAUUUACUGGAGACGCUAAGACAGCAGUUACCUCACAAGGGAGAAGAACCCCCUUCCACUGGUGGGAUUAUAUAAUAUAUAUUUUUUUAUUUUUUUUAUUUAUUUAUUUUUUUUUAAAUGGUUUCUGUGUAACGCUACAGUUUAACGCUCAUGAGUCCAAUCUCUUGAGGAUCAGUCUCCACUCAGCACAUGUAUAUCAAUCCUGGGUUCGCCUGUGAUGUUCGUAGGUCUCUGGCUGUAACAGAGUGGCCCCUCCCCACCACCCUGCCUGUAUUACUUUUUUCUUUUUUUUUUUUCUCCUGCUCAGCAUCACAUUUGGGUGUGUUGAUCUGCCUUGGUCUUCCCCCCCCCCCCACCCUCCACUCCACUUUCCUCCAUCACGUGGCCUGCUUUCCUGCACUGAAUGUUGUGUGCUGCACUUGGAUAACAUAUUACUUAUCUUCCUAACCUCCGUCAGGUCUUUUUCCAUGUGCUCGACGGGUGCCUACUCUUCCCCCUUCCCUUUAUCUUGUGUUCAGUCUGCAGUUUUGCUGUUGCAAAGUGCUUAGGUGGAGUCUGGGUGGAGAUGUUCAGGGAACUGUCACCAGGCCUGCAAUCUGUCCCUUUUUGUUCCUUGCACAGCAUCUUCCCCCCCC